GAACAACCUUGGUCCGCCCCGUGGCACCACUUCCGGGAAUUCCUUCCUGGAUUUGCCUCGUCAACUUUUGCGAUUGUGGAUGGCUGAUGUUUGUGAAAUGGAUUGUGAUAUUUUCUUUGAUUAAUUAAUGAUGAUAUCUUGAUACGUUUGAAUACAGCCUGUUGUUUCAAUGACAGAUGAUUAAACCAAAGUUGAACUAAACAUUUUAUUGCAAAUUCCAAGUUGUAGAACUCCACCAUAACCAUGACUGGCUCCAGUAUCAAUUAUAGUGACAACAUCCCUGUCUCAUUGGUAGAUAGAUUGAUCUGCUACAUCGCACAGAAUCCUAGUACGUACUGUGUGGUGAAUAAAGAAGGGGAACUUGUUAAGUUACGUGACGAUGCCGUACUUAGCACUCCUAUUAGCGAUAAACUUGUAAACUUACAAGCAGAGUCUGGCCAUAUAUCUGAGUCAUUUAUGAAGCUUUUCAGUGACACAAACAAGACACGUCUGGAGAGAAUGAAAGUGUCAGGUUCGAACAUUACCGACAGAUGUUUGUCUUAUGUGCGUAAACAAACUCUUAUUGAAUUGGAUCUAUCACACUGUCAGAACAUCACACCCUGUGCUUUUCAGUGUUUAGAUGAACAGCGACACCUGCAAAUUUUGAAGUUAGAAAACUGUGCAAUUAUCAAAGGGUACAACAGAAUGAAGGAUGUUGCGUUUCGCAAUCUGCGAUUAUUAAAUAUCGCAAACACAGAAAUAAAUGCAGUGCAGCUUUAUUGUCUUAUGAAGGAGCUUGAACAAUUGACAUCAUUGGAUGUGUCAAAGGUUGUCAAGAAUGGAGACUUGAUGUUUUUGAAUCCGCUUCGGGCAUCACUGAAGUCUCUCGUUCUUCAUGACUGCAUGUUGAUUCAAACAAGUCUAGACUAUAUUUGUACAAUGGUUAAUCUAAGACACUUGGAUAUUUCAAAUACAUCAGCUGACAAACUGGACAUUCGGACAGCAUUUCUUCACAGUAUUUGUAGGAAUUUACCGAACCUCAGUUCAUUGGAUUUGUCAGGGAAUAGCGUAGAAACAGAUGGCAAUGGUAAUUUUCCUUACAGAAGAAGUGAUCAAUCAAAAUUGAAGUAUCAUUCUCCAGCCAUGCUUGCAAAAGAGCAGACUGAAGAUUUAAGAACUGAUGCAGAAAUUCUUACAGAAGGUGAUGCGACAAGCUCAAGUAUUGAGGGCUUAAGGUCCUUGCCUAGGCCUUUACAGUUCCUAGGUCUCCUGGGCUGUGCAGCCUGCGAACUGACCUAUCUCCCAGCAAUCAAGGUCGCUGGUGAAGCCAAUGAACAACAAGUCUUGAAUGCCAUCGAGGCUUACGUUAGUCGAAGUGUCUUCCUUCUGAAAGCCCUCAAUGUUUAUUUUGACGUCAUAAAAACAACUAAUUGCAGUGAGAUACCAAGAGCUGCUAAUAUUAUAGCACUUGCCAUGAAAUCACAUCCUCAAGAUUGUCCCAUUCAAAUCUCUGGCAGUGCAUCACUGUAUCAUAUUUCGGGUGAAACUUACGAAAGGAAUUUGUCAUUCACCAUGAAAAGACGUAUCAUCAUCGCUCUGUUGGAUGCAAUGGAAAACAACACGAAAAGUCUGACACUCCAAAGAAACUGCUGUCUCACCCUUUACAACUUCCAGCUACCUUUCGAUCUCCAGUUCCAGUAUAAACGCCUCGCCAAGAUACUCAUAAAUAUCAUAAACAACGAGAGCAUUGAUGGGAUAGUAGAACGACUCUGCGUAUACAUGUGCAACAAUAUCGUAUGUCAUGUAGAAGGGGAGGAGAAGAAACUGAUGGGCGAAUUAGGAGUUGUAAAGAGCAUGCUUGUUUUAAUACGGAAACGUGUAGAAAUAAAAUCCUAUGACGAAGUCAUGGAAACAGCGUGGAGCACGCUCUGGAAUGUUACCGGUAAAGAUGAUACAAGAUUGUGUGUAACUGACUAUCUUGCAAGCUCACAUGCCGUGUUUUUUAAUCACUCUACACAUUGUGAAUGGAAGUUACUUUUAUGUGUGCCUCUUUUUACAAUUCAUUUUAGAUCAUUUGAGCCCAUAUUCCGUCUUGUCGACCAGUUUCAUACACCGGUUUGCCAGUAUUGGUCAGUCUGGGCGUUGACGAAUCUCUGCAAUGUUGACCCCGACAAGUACUGCAGACUUUUGAGGAAAGAAGGUGGCCUGGAGAAACUGUACAAAAUAUUGCACGAUCAUCGGACAAUUGAUAGAGUGAGGGUGCUUGCCGAUCAGACGAUUAACUUGAACAACAACUCAUUGGGUCCUUACACACCACAGAUUUGAUUUAAAUACCAAUGUUAUUAUAAUUAUAAGAAGAUACCUUAAAGGUCUUGAAUUAUGGUUAGUUGUGAAGCAAUAAUGACUAAUAUACCUUGCUGUAUUAACUCAGUUGCAUCAGUUUAUAUUCUAAUAAUAUUAGAGAUUUGGUAUAAAAUGCUAUUGCUUCAAAGAUUAUAUUUACAGUGUUCAAAAAAGUGUAGUAUCUAUAUUACAAAAACCAAAGUAUUGUAACAGAGUAUCUAAUACCCCUUUUACACUGCCAAAGGCAGAAUCGACCCGGGUUACUUCCGGAGUAAUCCCGGGUGCAUUUCCCAUUUACAUCGAAAGAAAAAGUCCGGGUUGAUCCCGAGUUGCUCCCAUUUUACACUGGCAAUGAACUCGGGUUCAAAUACUGCCCUCAGUUUUUGUUGCGAUGGUGAUCAUCACUUCGCUUGAGUUCCUCGUCGUCACAAAGCCACAAUUAUUGUCAAUUAUUGAAGCAGUGUACCUGCAGAUUGUUUUUAAAUUAUGCAAAUUAAAUCAGCAGUUUUGAUAUCAAGUCUAUACCGGAGCGUAGAGGUUUUAAUUUGACAAGUGUCUAGGCCUAGCCCAUUGUAGGCAAAGUUUAGGCCUACCUGACCACAGCUGCGAUAGACGCCAGGUAAGGCCUAAUUCCGGAAUUCGGUGCUGUUUACACUGGCGACUCCGGAAUGCACCCGGGUUGUCCUACGCUGAAUGUUUGGCAACCUGAGUAGGACUUCUUGACGUUUACACUAUAACCACAACUCGGGAGAUUUUAACCCGGGUAUUGGAAAAUCCCGGGUUCCGUCCGGAAUUUUGCUUGCAGUGUAAAAGGGGUAUAAUAUGCCUGGGAUAUAAUUACAUAAAAGCGUAAUAUUAGUAUCCUUCUAAAAAUCACAUUAUUCAAUAUAAUUAUUCUUUUAUGUUGGUGCUGUAUUAAUAAAAUGUUUAUGCCCCAUACAAUUUUAA